CGGACGGAAGGGAGAAUCCCACAGCUCCCCCGCAUUGCGGAGAGCGGGGAGUCCAGUCACCAGCUCCGCCGAGAUCGGGCGGCGCGGGUUAUUAUCAGGCACUUGUGGGUGACACCUACAUCCGGACGGGAAGGACCCCGCAACCCGGAAGUGGGGGCCUCCCUGUCGUACAGAGCCGGCUACAUCCGGGCACCGGCGCCGCGGGGCCUAGCGGUGACCGGAGCCCCAGGCUGGUUCAUGGGGACGGCUCAAGCCGGCGAGGGCUCCUGAUUGGGCAGCGGCGGGCGCCAUGGAGCCCGACCGGGCGGCGAGCGACCAGAUUGGGCCGGGAGCCAUCGAGACCAAGAUCCAUUUCAAGGUCACCCGGUUCAUCAUGGAGGCAGGGGUGAAGCUGGGCCUGCGCUCCAUCCCUGUGGCCACGGCCUGCACCAUCUACCACAGUUUCUUCAUGGCCACGGUGGCCCCAGGGCCCUAUGACCCCUACCUGGUGGCCAUGGCUGCGCUGUACCUGGCGGGGAAGGUGGAGGAGCAGCACCUACGCACCCGGGACAUCAUCAACGUCAGCCACCGGUACUUACACUCCCAGAGCGACCCCCUGGAACUCGACUCCCAUUUCUGGGAGCUGCGGGACAGCAUCGUCCAGUGCGAGCUGCUCAUGCUGCGGGUGCUCGGCUUCCGCGUCUCCUUCCGGCACCCCCACAAGUACCUGCUCCAUUACCUGCUCUCCCUGAGGCAGUGGAUGAACCGGCACAGCUGGGAGCGAACCCCUGUCUCGGCGGCAGCCUGGGCACUGCUCCGGGACAGCUACCACGGGGGGCUGUGUGUGCGCUACCCCCCUCAGCACGUGGCGGUGGCCGUGCUGUACCUCGCCCUGCACUGCUACGGGGUGGAGGUGCCCGCCCACGCACAGGCCCAGAGACCCUGGUGGCAGGUGUUCAGUGAAGAUCUCAGCCAGGCUCAGAUUGACCAGAUCGUAUUGGACCUGAUCCAGAUUUACACCUUGGAUGCGGAAAUCUCCUAAUGGGGUCCGGAGAGCGACCCAAUGCUGGGGAGGGGACAGGCCCCAUUCCCACCCCCCCAGCCAGCCAGUCCCUGCCCUGGAGCCAGAUCGGAGCCGGCGCCCCCCAGAGGGGACAGGCCCCUGCCCCAUUCCCCAUCCCCCUGAGCC